GACGUUACAGAUAUGUGCAGCAGUUUUGUUAAAGAAUAAAAUGAUGUAUAUUAGUGGAUGAUGGAUUUUCAGUUUGGUACGACUGACGGAAAGCUUUUGGAACAGUUACGAACAAUUAGUCUGGAACCUGUGAAUGAGUUUUCUCCACACUUUAUUCUCAUCAGGGGUCAUCAUGAAGAUCUGUUUUCAGGGCAAGUAAAACAGCAUCUCCAGCCCAUAGUGGAGGGUGUGUGAAGAGUGACUGGUCCAUGGAUUCUCCUCUAAACUUCAGCAGUGGAGGAGGAAGCUCUGGGUCACGAACUGGAACCCAGAGAGCAGCUUCUCCAGUCCCCAGUGGAUUGUCUAUGAAGAGUGACAGGUCACUGGGUCCUCCUCCUAACUUCAGUGGUGAAGCUGUGACCUCUGACCCAAAAACUGAAACCCAGAGAGCAGCUUCUCCAGUCCCCAGUGGAGUGUCUAUGCAGAGUGACCGUUCACUGGGUCCUCCUCCUAACUUCAGUGGUGAAGCUGUGACCGCUGACCCAAAAGAGAAGAAAAAAAACAUUUUCUGGGAAAAUUUGGACAGUAUAUUCAAGGAGCUGCAGCAUAAAUGUAUCUCUCUAGUGAAGAGCGAGCUGAACACAUUUAAGAAGCUCCUGAGUACAGAUGACCCAGCAUGCUCUGAGAAAGAGGUGGAGGAUGAUCAGAGAGAGGGGGUGCUGAAGAUCACACUUCAUAUCCUGAGGAACAUGAAGCAGACAGACCUCGCCAACACACUAGAGAGCCAAUUGGCCCCAUCCUGUCAACGAAAACUUAAAUCCAAACUGAAGGAUAAAUAUCAGAGAAUUACUGAAGGAAUCUCAGGCCACAUAGAGCCAGUACUUCUGAAUGAGAUUUACACAGAGCUCUUCAUCACAGAUGGAGUGGGUGGAGAUGUAAAUCAGGAACAUGAAGUGAAGCAGAUUGAAGCUGCAUCCAGGAAAAGGCCAACACAGGAAACACUAAUCAAAUGUAAUGACAUCUUUAAAACCUUACCAGAACAGAAACGGACGAUCAGAACUGUACUGACCAAAGGAGUUGCUGGAAUUGGAAAAACAGUCUCUGUUCAGAAAUUCAUUCUUGACUGGACUGAAGGAAAAGUAAACCAGGACAUUCUUUUCAUAUUUCCACUUCCUUUUAGAGAGCUGAAUCUGAUGAAGGAGAAUAAGCUUAGUCUGGUUAAUCUUAUUCAGCGUUUCUUCCCAGAAGCCCAAAAUUUAAAACCAACACUUUAUAAGAGCUACAAGACUGUGUUCAUCUUUGAUGGUCUGGAUGAGUGUCGACUCCCUCUGGAUUUCCAGAACAAUGAGAACUUGGUGGAAAUAGAAGAGAAAAGGUCAGUUGAUGUUCUGCUGACGAACCUCAUCAAGGGUAAUCUGCUUCCCUCUGCUCUACUUUGGAUCACCUCUCGCCCAGCAGCAGUCAGUCAGAUCCCUCCUGAAUUUGUUGACCGGGUAACAGAAGUGCGGGGUUUCAGUGACCCUCAGAAAGAGGAGUACUUCAAGAAGAGGAUCAGGGAUCAGGACAUGGCCAGCAAAGUCUUCACCCACAUCAGGUCUUUAAGAAGCCUCUACACCAUGUGCCACAUACCAGUCUUCUGCUGGAUUACAGCCACUGUUCUAGAAAGAAUGCUGAGUGAAGCAGAGAAUGGAGAAAUCCCCAAAACCCUGACACAGAUGUUCACAUACUUCCUGAUCUUUCAGAUCAAGCACAAGAGCCAGAAGUACAGUUGGAAAAGUGACCCUGAUCCUAAGCAGACUAGAGAAAGUAUUCUGGCUCUGGGGAAACUGGCUUUCCACCAGCUGGAGAAAGGAAAUCUGAUCUUCUAUGAGGAAGAUCUAACAGAAAUUGGCAUCAAUAUUAAAGAUGUGUCCGUGUACUCAGGAGUGUGCACCCAGAUUUUUAGACAGGAACAUGAACUGCUGAACCUGGGAAAGGUCUUCAGCUUUGUACAUCUGAGCAUUCAGGAGUUCCUUGCUGCUUUAUAUGCGUUUCUCCAUUUCAAAACAAAGGAUCGAAAUCUACUAACUCGUGAACAGCCAACGACUGAACAGCCAACAACUGAACAGCCAACGACCGAACAGCAAACCACCGAACAACAAACCACUGCACUAUCUCAACUUUUCAGUAGGUCAACAAUGAAUGACUUCCUCAACAGUGCCGUGGAUAAAGCCUUACAGAGUAAGGGUGGAAACCUGGACCUGUUCCUUCGCUUCCUUCUGGGUCUCUCACUUGAGUCUAAUCAGACUCUGUUACAAGUCGUACUGACACAGAAAGAGAGAAGCACUCACAGCAGAAAGGAAACAGUCAGAUACAUCAAGAAGAAGAUUGAGAAGAACUCCUCUCCCGAAAAAUGCAUCAAUCUGUUUCACUGUUUGCAUGAACUAAACGAUCACUCUCUAGUGCAGGAAGUACAGAAAUACCUCAGCAGAGGUGGUGACUAUUGUCUUCAUCUGGCCAGACUCUCUCCUGCUCAGUGGUCAGCUCUGGUGUUUGUGUUGGUGAAUUCAGAAGAGCUGGAGGAGUUUAAUCUUAGUAAAUAUCACCCAUCAGAAAAGUGUCUUCUGAGGCUGCUGCCAGUAGUCAAAAUAUCCACAAGAGUUUUACUAGCUUCAUGUAAUCUUGGAGUAAAGACAUGUGAAUGUCUGGAAUCAGUUUUGAAGCUGGAAAACUUCCUGAAUGAGCUGGACCUUAGUAGCAAUAACUUGCAGGAUUCAGGAAUGGAGCUUCUCUUUGCUGGACUGAAGAGUUCAAACUGUAAACUGCAGAUACUCAGACUAGCUUCAUGUCAUUUAGAAAUAAAGACAUGUGAAAUUCUGGAAUCAGUUUUAAAGCUGGAAAACUCCUCCCUGAAAGAGCUUGACCUUAGUAACAAUGACCUACAGGAUUCAGGUGUGGAGCUGCUUUCUGCUGGACUGGAGAGUUCAAACUGUAAACUGCAGAUACUCAGAAUUUCUUUGUGUAAUCUUGGAGUAAAGACGUGUGAAACUCUGGGAUCAGUUUUAAAGCAGGAAAACUCCCCCCUGAAAGAGCUGGACCUGAGUAACAAUGACCUGCAGGAUUCAGGAGUGGAGCUGCUCUCUGCUGGACUAAAGAGUCCACACUGUAAACUGCAGAUUCUCAGAUUAUAUGGUUGUAUGAUCACAGAAAAAGGCUGUUCUUCUCUGGCUUUAGCUGUGAGUUCGAACCCCUCCCACCUAAAAGAGCUGGAUUUGACCUACAACCAUCCAGGAGAGUCAGGAAAGAAGCUGCUUUCUGCCAGACUGGAGGAUCCACACUGCACACUGGAGACACUCAGAAUGGAACAUGGUGGCGAGAUCAGAAUCAAACCUGGAUUAAAGAAGUACGGCUGUGAUCUCACACUGGAUCCAAACACAGUACACAGUUAUCUCACUCUGAGUGAGGAGAACAGGACGGUGGAGAGUGGAGAGCAUCUGCAGUCGUAUUCGUAUCCUGAUCAUCCAGAGAGGUUUGAGGGGUAUCUGCAGGUUCUGAGUAGAGAUUGUGUAACUGGACGCUGUUACUUGGAGGCUGAGUGGAGCGGGAAAGCAGCAGAUAUAGCUCUGAGUUAUAAAACCAUCAGCAGGAAAGAAGGACCAGACUGUGCAUUUGGACUAAACAUAAACUCUUGGAGUCUGUUGUGCUCUGAUAACAGAUACUACAUUCUUCACAAUAAGAACAGAACUGAUCUUCCCCUUCCUCCCCCCGGCUGUAGGAGAGUAGGAGUGUAUGUGGACUGUCCUGCCGGCACUCUGUCCUUUUACAGAGUUUCCACUGAAACACACUCACCCUCUCACUCACACACCCUUACACACUUACACACAUUCUACACCACCUUCAGUCAGCCCCUCUAUGCAGGGCUUGGGCUUGGUAUAGGCUCCUCAUUGCGUCUGUGUAAAAUAGAAUAAUCCUGUGUGUGUGUGUGUGUGUGUGUGCGAGAGACAA